AAGUUGAAUUAUAGAAUAAAAAUUAUUUAAUUAGCAAUUGAUCGUUAUACUGAUAGCCAACAAUGAAACGUAAAGAGAAGAAAAAUAGUCAAACGAAAAAAAAGAUUAAUUUAACAGUGUUUGAUGAUAUUGAAUAUACUCAACAAUUAUUAAGUAUAUUAGCAAUAUGGCCUUUGGUAUCAAAAUCAUCUACAAUAAAAAAAAUACUCUCUUGGAUUCAUCUUUUAGUAAUUAUCGGUAGUCUAAUAUGGAAUAUCCUUUUUCGAUGUAUUUUCAUAUAUAUUUAUGUGAAAAAAUUUGAUGAUCAAAUAAUGCUAAUUGGCCCGACUUUUUUUCGUGUAAUUAUUUUGUUAAAAUAUUUAGCGAUUAUAUAUCAUCGGAAAACGAUUAAAAAAAUAUUUAGUCAUAUACAAACUGAUUGGAAUGGUGUAGAGUGUCAAGAGCAACAAAAUAUUAUGAUGAAAAACGUACAAAUAAAUAGACAUGUUACUCUUGUAUUUGCAAUUUUCAUGUAUUCAAGUGGAACAUUUUAUAAUUUUGUCAUGCCUCAUAUACUACCUCUACUAACUCAUCGGGGUUCAAGAAAUACUUCUCAACGAUUGACUAUUUUUCCUGGCUAUAAUGUCCUUUUUGACGUUCAAAAAUCACCACUCUACGAAAUCACAUUUUUUUUUCAUAUAUUUAGUGUAUUUGCUGGUUUCUCGGUGCUCGUUCUCGCGUGUAAUAUUGCAGUAGUUUUAGUAACUCAUGCAUGUGGACAAAUUCAAAUAAUCAUUGGUCAACUAAAUUCACUUAUUGAUGAUUUCACGAACAAUGAAACAACUUUAUACAUCAAGUUUUCAUCGAUAAUUAGUCGCCACAUAAGAGUUAUUCAAUUUUCAAACAAUAUCAUUAAAGAUGCUUUGUAUGAAACAUGUCUUGUGGAGAUCGGUGCAUCUUCUGUACUUAUAUGCAUCGUGGAAUUUCUUUUUCUUAAGAUGAUAGAAAAUAAAAAUUAUGCAAAUAUGAUACCAUACGCUAUGCUUUUGGCAAGUCUAACUUUGAGUAUAUUAAUAAUCUGCUACUUUAGUGAACUUCUUGAGAAUCAGUUCAUUGAAGCCGGAAUUCAAGCAUAUUCAAUUAAUUGGUAUCAACUUCCGCCAAAAGCAAGGAAAUAUUUAAUUUUAAUAAUUAUCAUAUCUCAACGUUCUUACAAAAUAACUGCUGGUGGAAUAAUUGAUCUAUCUUAUAUUGCUUUUGUGCAGAUUCUCAAAACUGGAUUUGCGUAUUUACAACUACUAAGGGCCACGAAAUAAGUAAAUAAAUAAAAAAAGAAAGUUCCGUAUCACUAAAGGAAGUAAGGCACGCCGAAGCUAAAAAAAAACAGUUAAAGAAUCAAUUAGAACAAAAACAUUUAGCUAUUAAACAACUAAUUAUAUACUCGUGAAAAAUAAAAUUUAAAAAGCUAAAGUGUUUUCAAACGUUUAUUGAGUUUUUUACAGCUCUUAUCAUCUAAAAGAGUCUUAGUAAUAAAUUUGAAAACACUUCUCUCACCUUUCAUUUUCAUCCAUGCUAAUUCAAAAG